CCGAGCAGCAGAUCAUGCAUGCAGCAGAUGCUGAUGAUUGGAGUGAGUGAUCCUUAAUAAAUAAGAAAGAUGAUCCGGAUCGCUGCUCUCAAUGCAGCCUCUCAGGCUGCCGAUGAGCAUGAAGAUGCCUUCAGAAGCACUAAACCAGGUCAAACCAAGGAGGCCCAGGAGGCGGAAGCGUUUGCUCUGUAUCAUAAAGCUCUUGACCUGCAGAAACAUGACAAGUUUGAAGAGUCUGACAAAGCAUACCAUGAACUUCUCAAGACCCCACUGCUCAAGGAGGCAGUGGCAUCCGAAGAUGAGAAGGUGGGACUCAAGCAUCCUGGACUGAUGUUGAAAUACUCCACCUAUAAAAACCUGGCUAGUCUUGCUGUGCUCAAAGAUGAUGUUGACACUGCCAUGGACUACUAUGUGCAGGCUGUGAUGCUGGACUCCACAGAUGUGAAUAUGUGGUAUAAAAUAGGCAAGUUGGCCUUGAGAAAGGUGAGCAUGCCUUUGGCCCGUCAUGCCUUUGAGGUGGGCUUACGCUGUAACCCGGACCACUGGCCCUGCCUGGACAGCCUCAUCACAGUCCUCUACACUCUCAGUGACUACAGCUGUUGCCUGUACUACAUCUGUAAGGCUCUGGAGAAGGACUCGGGCUACACAAAGGGACGGGUGCUGAAAGAGAAGAUCUUUGAGGAGCAGCCCUGCCUCAGACGAGACUCUAUGAAGAUGUUCUCCAAACUUGAUGUGUCAGUGCAGUAUGGUGAUGUAGAUGAGGAGGAAGCUCACAGUAUUGUGGAGGAGGCACUGGAACUGAGGAGGCAGAGACAGGCUAAAUUUACACGGCACCCAGUAGCUGACCUGCAACUGGUUCAGCCCAUCAAAUACUUCAGCUGGAAGAGUGUAGGGGAGAGUUUCCUGGCCAUGUACAAACACCAGAAUGCUUGCCUGGUCCCACGACCGGAUUUUGGCCGCAGAAUCGACCUGUCAAUGUACCAUGAUCCAGACUCCCUUCUCCAAAUUCCCACCAUCACUCCAGCUGCUGCCACCACAGUUUCAGCCCCCCCUCAGCCCCCCGUGCCUGUCACCCUGCCUCAAGCCCCCCCUGCCCCUCCUUCUGAUCCCAGUAGCCCAAUCUCCAGUCUGCCCCCAUCCACAGAGCUCUUUAUCCAGCCGCAGGCCCAGUCUAGCGCUCCUGGAGCGGUACCACAGAACCAAAACGUAAUUGAGGUGACCACCACAACCAUAAUAACCACUGCUGCUACCAAUGGAACAGAGGAUGCUGUUGUUACUACGGUUACUUCUGCUGCUGAUGUGAAAAAAGGCACCAAGAGAAAACGUGUGAUUGAGGACAUCGUAGAAACAGCAAAGAGACGCUCCGCACGUGUCCGCAACACCAAAUGUAAAAAAGAAGAGAAGAUAGACUUCCAGGAACUCCUGCUCAAAUUCCUCCCCUCCAGGCUGAAAAAGUUUGAAGAUGAUGAAGAUGAGGAGAGUCUCAGUAACAUGGGCUCUCAGUGUGACGUCAAACCUGAUUCCCAGUUGAACCGUGGCACUGGCUCAAACUCCUCUGAAUACAUUAUUUCUAUGGAGUCAGAGCGGAAGGAUGUGCAUGCAUUCCUGCUGGCAAACAUGCAGAACGGUGGCAUCCUGGAGCUGAUGAUGCGUUAUCUGCAGGCAGUGGGGCAGAAGUUUCUGGAAGAGUGGCCUGCAUGCCUCAGUGGAGUGGUGCUGGAUAUCUUCAACUGCUGGAGGAAACACAGCGCUGGGCUUCCCAACCCACUGCUCAGAGACUCCAGCAACAAGCACAUAAAGGAAAUGAUGCUGAUGAGUCUGUGCUGUCUGGAGCUGCAGCUGGAGCAGAGGUCCUUGAUGAAGGGGAAGAACAUGUCUCAAAGGAAGACUGCAUCUGGUAAAGGAAGGGAUUCUGGUGACGUGGAUGGUGCAGAGGCUCGCUUUCAAUCUGAUUUAUUCCUCUUGACCAUGGCCUCCUCUCAGAGAGAUCUGUUUGAAGAAGACUGGAUGUCGUUUGCUGUCAGAGUUCACUGGCUCAAAGCACGACACCUCACCUUUCAGGGUGACAUGGAGGAGGCACUGGAGUGUUACGACAUGUGUGUCGGGCUGCUGAAAUGUCAGAGCAGUGAGACGGAAAGAAUCACCAUCAUCCUGCCCAACCUCAGCGUGGAUGCGGCCAUCUCUUUAGAAGAGAUUGAAAAGAAACUGAAAUCUCUUGAACGAUGUCAGUCUCUAGAGGAGAUCCAGAGACUCUUUGACUCUGGAGACUACCCGUCUGUGGUCCGUUUACUGCAGCCAACUCUGAGCUUUGGCCCUAGCUCAGCACGACUCAAACCGCUAGAUUACAUCAGCUCAGCCCCUGAGAGACCCGCACAGCUGCUUCUGCUGCAGAGUUCCCUGCUGAGGCUGAAAGACUACAGCUCAUGUCUGGAGACAUCUGAAGUGUCUCUUAAUGAAGCUCUGCAGCACUUUAACUCUGCAUUACCCAGCAAGGAAGAAUGGGUGUCCACCAUCACAGCUCUGCUGAGAGGCAUUGAAAGCUGCAUUAAUGACGAACCCGAGCUGCUCAGUCACACCCCGCGCUCCACAAACCUACCCCGCCUCGCCAACAACCUCAUACAGUUGAUAGCCAACAGUAUGGUGUUACCUGAUGACCCUAAGGAAGCUCAUUUCUCAUCGCUGUUGCCAUGGAUUCUGCUGUACCACCUCAUCAAACAAGAAGAGGCAGCGUUUGACUGCAUGUUGCGGCAGCACAUGGUAGAUGAGGAUGAUGAUGAGGAUGAUACUCCGUUGUUGCCCUCCUCCCUCAUGCUGCUGAACACAGCACAUGAAUAUCUGGGCCGCAGGUCCUGGUGCUGUAACUCUGAUGGCACUUUGCUCAAAUUCUUCGUGCGUGUGUUGAAGCAGAAGCUCUCAGGAGGAGAGAAUCUGCCUUACAAAGAGGAUCUGGAGACUGCACUAGAGCAGUGUUUCUAUUGUUUGUAUGCUUACCCCAGCAAGAAAAGCAAAGCCAGAUACCUGGAGGAUCAUUCUGCCACACAGGUGGAGUUACACUGGAACGAUGCCAUCUUUAUGUUUGAGUACUUAAAGCCCAAGACCUUGCCAGAAUUUGACAGUUAUAAGACAAGCACUGUCUCCGCUGACCUUGCUAAUCUGCUGAGAAGGCUUUCUGGAAUAAUCCCACGUGAUGACGGUCCCACACUCACUGUAGAUGACGUGUCUGCCUAUAUAGAGGGAGGAGCUAUCAAGGUGCCAGCUCUUCCGGAAGGAGCUUCUCCAGCGCCCCCUGUGGUUAACGAGUUGUACUACCUACUGGCAGACUAUCACUUCAAAAACAAAGAGCAGUCUAAAGCCAUCAAGUUCUACAUGCACGACAUCUGUGUGUGUCCCAACAGGUUUGACUCCUGGGCAGGCAUGGCUUUGGCACGGGCCAGUCGCAUCCAGGACAAGUUGAACUCCAAUGAGCUAAGGAGUGACGGGCCUAUCUGGAAAAACUCUCUGGCUGUAUUGACCUGUUUCAAACGAGCUCUGGAGAUCGAUAGCUCCAACCUGUCCUUAUGGAUUGAGUACGGCACCAUGUCCUAUGCCUUACACUCCUUUGCUUCCAGACAGCUUAAACAGUGGAAACGCGAGCUUCCCCCAGACUUGACCAAACAGAUGGAGGAGCGCAGGGACUCAAUGUUGGAGACGGCGUCUCAGUGUUUCCAGAGUGCAUCACGUUGUGAUGGCGAUGAGGAGGAGUGGCUCAUUCACUACAUGCUGGGAAAGAUAGCAGAGAAACGCAAACUGCCACCCAAAGACUACCUGCAGCUCUACAAACAGUGGACUGAGACCCUAUCACAAAGUGGACAAAAACAGUCUGCACACUACCUGCAUGAGGAAGCAGCCCGAUACCCACGCAAAAUCCACUACCACAACCCGCCUGACCUCGCUAUGGAGGCCUUAGAGCUGUUCUUCCGCCUGAGUGCCACUAUUCUGAAGUUACUGGAAAACGAGGAAGAUGGUGGUGAACAGUCUGAGCAGCAGAUGAAGAUUCUGGACUAUGAGCUUUUUUUCAACAUGCUUGCUGAAGCAGCUAUCGGACCAUUUGCACGUGGGGAGGAGAAGACCAUGCCCAAAACCAGUAGUGACAAGGAAAAACUUUCCUCCAUUAAUGAUGAUGACUCUCACUCCUCAUUGGCUGGUGUGAGUACCUGUCCGGCAGCUUUGGCCACCUCAUCUGUGACAUCUGUGGUGAACGUAGCGACUUCUUUACAUGGCGACGGUGCAGCAGGUGCGAGUUCUCCCCCGUAUGCAGUCACUCCAGUCGACCACGAUUACGUGAAACGUAAAAGCCUGCAGCAGAGGCACAGGCAGGGGCGGAAGCUACAGCAGCAGCAGGACGAGCAAAGUCAGGAUAGCGUUGCUAUCAUGUCGGACUCCAGCUCCUUACAGGAUGUCUUCAUGGACCCCACCAGCUCACAGGACAGCAGCCACAAGGUGGAUUCUGGAAAGUGUAGUAUUUUUCCAGAAGAAGCAAAUGCCAUUGGAAAAGAGAAACAGGCGAGAGCAGAGGACACAGGCACCUUAGAAGACAAGAAUAUGGAUAUCAGCUCUGCCACUCUGUCUCAUGAGUCCUCUGUCACGCAAGAGUCUUCAGACACCACCUUAUCCAUCACCUCUCCUGAGGCCUCUGUCCCAAAAACGCCUACCACAGACACCCCCACCCAACCUCUAGCUUUGCCCCUGCACACUACCACACCACAGAAACCCCACCCCCUGUCGGGUCCCUCCAGCGAGGGUAAGCGCAGACCAGAGCCCCCUCCCCCGUUGGAGGUGAUUGAGAUGCCCAAGUGUCUGCCGGCUGGUCGGAGAGAACAGAGGAAGACGCUGGUGGACGUGUGUGUGAGGUCUCUUUUCCUGUGUCUGAGUCGAUACCCACAACACUACAAGAGCCUGUACCGUCUGGCCCACCUGUACACCUACAGCAAGACACGCAAGAACCUGCAAUGGGCACGAGAUGUGUUGCUAGGGAGCAGUGUUCCAUGGCAACAGCUGAAGCACAUGCCUGCACAAGGACUUUUCUGCGAGCAGAAUAAGACCAAUCUGUUCAAUGGCAUCUGGCGUAUUCCAGUAGAUGACAUCGAUCGUCCUGGUAGUUUUGCAUCUCAUAUGAACAGAUCCAUUGUGCUGUUGCUGGAUGUGCUGUCUCAACUGAAAGAUCACCACACCUUACUCAAAAUCUCCCUCAUGCUUCAGAGAACACCUGACCAGGGAAAGAAGUACUUGCGAGAUGUGGACCGACAAGUUUUGGCCAAGCGAGCGUUUUUCUUCACUGUAAAAGUGCUGGAGGACAAUCUGGAUAAACUCACAGGGGUAAGUGAUCCCCUUAAACCAUCCACCACCUCUAUGGGUGAAAUGACCACAGCUGAUGUGUCCAGCCAACCCCCUGCUGCGGAGGACCUCAAAUGCUCUCACACCAGCCAGCCUAAAGCAGCUCUCCCUGAUCCCCUUACCAUCACUGGAAGUGAGACUGGACACCCUAGCAUGCCACAGGCUCACCUAGCCACACUCCAGCUCUCACUGGAACCCUUGCCCCAAAUACCGGUGACAGGGGUCCCCACUCACCCCAGCGUAGGUACUUCUGGGCUCGGAGAGCCUAUGGAACUUGGUCAGGGACCAUUGCCUGGUGCCUCAAAAUACAGAGAGCCUCAAACACACACUGAUAUUGCCCCGCAAGAGCAGGGGGGCAUUAAAUCAGCAAAUGAGGAGGCUGAGAGGAUUCCAGAGAGUAAUCGGGCAUCUGAAUUGUCCCUGGAGGAGUUAAGCAUUAGUUCAAAACAGCAACUCCUACAGAAUCAAGCAAAUCCAGUAAAGGGAGCACUUGCAAUGGCCACAGUACCAACGACAAGCAACCUCACACAUUUGUCUAGCACCCCUGAGCUGGGCUUACCACAUCGACCCAACCGGAAGAGGAAAUUGCUGGACGACGUUGAAUCGGGCAAGACACUUCUAUUGGAUGCAUACAAGGUCUGGCAGCAAGGUCAGAAGGGCAUGACCUACGACCUGCAGCGCAUCGAGAAGAUUAUGUCGGAGUCAUACAUGCUGAUUAAACAGGUGGAUGAGGAUGUAGCUUUGGAUCAAGCUGUUAAGUUCUGCCAGAUUCAAAUGGCAACAUCUGCACAAAGACAGAACUCCAGUGAUGCGCCCAGCACUCCAAAGUUUAGUAAAGACCAGCGAGACAUCUUCUUCCCAGCAUCAUUUUCCACACCUUGCCUCCAAAUGCACACAUACCCCAUAUCAAACCAGGAUGUGGAAGCCAAGCUGAGCAAGACCCCUCGGACACUGCUCACACAAACACAGACACACAGCACUCCAACACAGAUCUACUGCCCGCCAUCCAGCCAACCAGACCAAUCACAGCAGCACAAGACACCUAGCCAGCCAAUAACAAGCGUGGCCUUCUUGCCCCAGACAGAGGACAGAGAGGAGUCUGCUGCUCCUGAGGGUCUGCUGUACCUCCAGCAGGAGUCCCACUUGUGUCAGCAGAUGAACAUGGCCACAGUCUCUCACAUUCACAGCACACAGGAGUUCCCCACAUGCUCAACACACACCAGCACAGAAAGUGUAGGCCAGUCAAAGCAGGGGGAUGCCAACCGUAUUCGAUCCCGAAUUCCACCCAACAUGCCCAAACUGGUCAUCCCCUCCACUGUCACUAAAUUCCCCCCGGAGAUCACGGUCACACCACCUACGCCCACCCUGCUCUCCCCGAAAGGCAGCAUCUCUGAGGAGACCAAACAGAAACUCAAGAAUGUGAUCCUGUCCUCUCAGUCUGCAGCUAACGUGAAGAUAGACACUCUCGCUCAACCGGCUUUAGAGGUACAAGAGACAUCCAGCCAGGAAUCCUCUCUGGAAAGUGAAUCAGAUGAGGAGGAUGACUACAUGGACAUUUGAACUCUAAACUUUUGCUGCAGACCUCUGAACCAACCCAAGCUGAACUCUGAAGCAAAAUCUCCUUUUCUAAUCGUGUAGCUGCAGCUAAUCACUGAUGGUUUUCUAUAGCACGUUUUCUCCGCUGUAUGCAUGUUUUUCAGCAAAAGGGCUUUUUUUCUUACCCUGGCACUUGUCCUGUUCUUGCCGUUUUUGCUCCCCUGCUGCUAAGCAUGGACCGAGUUUCUAUGUUGUUCUGUUGUUUUUCGUUGUGUACGAUCCUGCAAGGUGCCAUUUUUACUCCAGCGGUUGUGAACAUGACAAGAAUUCAAAAUUCUCUACUGAUGGACAGAUUGUGAUGCAGAGUUUUUUGGGCAUUAAAUUCACAGAACGUCACAGUGUUGUUUACAGAUUUAACAAGAAGUCAAUUUUGCAGCUGUGUAAAAUAAAAAAAUGUCUCUACCAAGUUUCAGUGACAUUGCAACCAAACAUGGAAUAUUCCACACAGGGAUGUCGGCAUGCAAACAUGAUCUUUUUUUUUUUUUUACCACUGUGUGGACAUUUAUUGUUUUUUUUUGUUUUUUCUUUCUGCAUAUGUGUACAUUUGCAUGAGGUUUAUUUCUAUUUCCAUAGCAGUGAUUCCUCCACAUAUAACAUGCAUGGAGCAUUGCCGUUUGGUUGGUCGUCCAUGCUUUAGUUGUCUGACUGUCUGAAAGUGGAGUUCUAUAAAUUUAAGUUUGAUUCUUCACAUCACCACAAGUUUUUCAAAAUUUCUAUUUAUUUUAUUUACUAUUAAUGCAUUAUCAAAUAGGUAAUCUGUUGUUUGUAAAAACAUCAAAGACCUGACUUUAGCACUCUUAGUCUAAAUGGAUAGUUCACCCAAUAAUUUAAAUUCUUCAUCCUUUACUCACCUUCAUAUCAUUCCAUAUUCACCUGAUGGGUUUGGAACAGCAUGAGGGUGAGUAAAUGAUAGUUUCUUUUUAGGUGAACGAUCUCUUUAAACCGCAAAGAGUUUCUGUACAACCGUUGAAAGGAGUUGUCUAUUGUAUGACUGUUAAAGUCUUAUGCAACCUGAUUUCAUGUUUUCAUUUGUAGUUUUGCUAUGUUUCCAUUCGGGGAUAGUGAAGAACAGCAUCUAAAGGACUGAAGCAUUCGAGCCCUGUCACCAGCACUGACAAUAUGUGACUCUUUUUCAUAUCACACUUCAAAUAUGAAUGUGACUCAAGCAAGUACAGAAGAGUUGACUUGCACCAUGAAUUUAUGUCAACAUUUCCAAACAAUAGUCAUACUGUGUGUCACAGCAGCUAUGUACUGAAACAAAAGUUUCUUAUCGUCUUUUUCCAUAGGAUGAAAAGCCCAGACAAUGGUGCUGAUCUGUCUUCUGACUUUUUAAUAUAAUCUAAAAAUGGUUAAACAUAAAAAAAAUGCCCAGGCAAUAUAUAGAUACUGUAUAUCUUUCUUUACCCAUUAGUUUUCAUUUGGAGUAACACGGCUUUAAAUUUAGACCAUUAGGGUGAAUAACAUAAAUAUCAUCAAGAAAUGUCCAGGUCAUAUUUCAGUCUAAACUCAAAAGAAAAAUAAAUUCCUAAAUAAUUUUUUUGAAAUGUUUAUCUUAGGACUUUUUCAUGAUAUCUAAGCAAACAUUUCUCUUAUCUUAAAGGAAUAUUCUGGGUUCAAUUCAAGUUAAGCUCAGUUGACAGCAUUUGUGGCAUAAUAUUGGUUACCACAAAAAAUUAUUUCAACUCGUCCGUCCUUUUCUUUAAAAACAAGCAAAAAUCAAGGUCACAGUGAGGCACUUACAAUGGAAGUGAAUGGGGCCAAUUUUUGGAGGAUUUAAAGUCAGAAAUGUGAAGCUUAUAAUUUUAUAAAAGCACAAAUGAAUUCUUCUGUUAAAACUUGUGUAUUAUUUGAGCUGUAAAGUUGUUUAAAUUGUCAUUAUUACAGUCAUUUUAGGGUUUUAGGGUCUGUUUACAUUAAAACGUCACAUUCACUUCCAUUGUAAGUGCCUCACUGAAACCCAGAUUUGUGCUUUUUUUUUUUUUUUUUAAAGAAAAGGAGGGAGUCAAAAUAAAUGUUUGUGAUAAUCAACAUUAUGCCACAAAUGCAUAAUCGAUUCAGCUUAACUUGUUUUGAACCCAGAAUAUUCCUUUAAUGCAAAAUGUCUUAUUACUGUUACUGGAGCGUAAAAAAAAAACUAUGAAUUUAUUAUUAUCUUAAAUUGUAGUGUACAAUUGUAAUUAUACAUCAUGGUAGUAUUUGUUGUGCUGAUCAACAAAUUGUAUCGCAAGAACAAGUUAUUUUCUGCAGUAAAAUAAUGAGAAAUUAGGCGGGAAAUGUGCUUAUUUGUCGUGAAUAUGUCACAACGCAGAAAAUCGUAAUAGUCCUAAAAAUAGGCAUUUUCUUUAAGCCACAUACAAUUUCUAAGUUCUUUAUUGUUUGCUUGUUUGUUUGUUUGUUUUGGUGAAAUGUGAUGCUGACAUUUCAUUGUACGAUUCACCCAUUUAGAGCUUGUCUGAUCAGAUAUUGGAGAAUAUUUUAGAUAAAUGAACAGAAUAAAGAACAUUUGUAUGUAUGGUGACGUCACUCGUGGGUGGUGCUGGUUCCCCCACAGAUCUGCUUUUGGAGGAUGUUAAUCAUUCCCAUUUCUAAUUUAAAGAAAAUGUAGUUAGGUGAAUGUUUUUUUUUACUGAUAGUUUUCUACUUGUAGAUGGAUAAAUAGCUACCAGUAUUUUUUGAGAGCAGAAUGUUUUUUUUUUUUUUU